UCCACCGGAAACAGCCGACCCCGCUUCCGGCGCCCGCCCUCCCUCUUUCGGUGGUGGCCGUUGACGAACGCGGAGGUCUUUUUUUUUGGCGUCUCUAGGUCCUGCUGUAACAAGGCAUUGAAAAUGCAGAACGACGCUGGUGAAUUUGUUGACCUUUAUGUUCCACGCAAGUGCUCUGCCAGCAACAGAAUUAUUGCGGCUAAAGACCAUGCCUCCAUUCAGAUCAACCUUGCUGAGGUUGACAAAGUAACAGGAAGAUUCAAUGGUCAACAUAGAACCUAUGCCAUCUGUGCUAUCCGUAGGAUGGGGGAAUCAGAUGACUGCAUCCUGAGGUUGUCGAAAAACAAUGGUAUUGUUACCAAGACCAUCUAAAAAUCUGAAGAUGCUGUCUUUGGGAAAUCUAUCAUUUGCAUAGAAAUAAAAACUCAAAAAAGAAA